AUAUAUCAGGAGCUUCAUCUUGUCUCCUUUUCCUUUAAGUUGCGCCUAAUUCGCCCAAGAUUGGUGGGUUUAUGAUGAAGAAGAGGGUGGUGGUGCUGAAGAAAACUGAGGGGUCUGGCGUCCGGACCCGCUCCAGGGUGGGCUCUGUCGUGCACUAUGUGGAGUGUCGGAAGAACCAUGCUGCGAAGCUUGGUGGGUUUGCUGUGGACGGCUGCCGGGAGUUCAUGGCCACCGGAGAGGAUGGGACUGAGGAAGCUUUCAUCUGUGCUGCUUGUGGCUGCCACAGGAGCUUCCACCGCAGGGAGGUUAAUGCUGAAGUUGUUAUUGAGUAUCAUCCUCCAAACCCCAAUCAUUGAACCCAUCAUCAAAAUUCACACCUAAAACCAAAAGGGUCUCUUCUUAUAUAUAUAUAUAUAUAUAAGAUUUCUAUAUGUUGUGGUUUUGAUCUGAUCGGUAACAACAC